AUGGAAUUGACCUUUCGAGUCACGCAGGACGGGCGGAAUCCCAAACGGAAACAGCCUCGGGGGGCGUGUGAGCGAUGCCGGCUCAGAAAGAAACGCUGCUUCCACGAGGCUGGAGAGAGCGAAUCAACCCCCAGGAAGCGACCGAGGCCGGAUAAAAGGGAUCGCCUGUCCUCUCAGGAGACUGCUGUCCAGUCUUUUCCACAGGAUGAUUCCCCGGGACCACCACCACCACCGCCGUCGGAGAAGAAUCCGGCGGAAGAACAGCAGACACCACGCUCAGAAGGAGUGCCCACCACGCGCCGCUUCAUUGGGAACCUGAAUCCGGUCGCGUUCUUCUUACGGCAUUCAAGAACUCGGUCGCAUCAAAGCGACGUGGGAGUGUGGUUGGACGGUGACGGUGACGGUGAUGGCGAUGGCGAUGGCGAUGGUGAAGCACCAGAAACGAGGCCGACGUCGUUUUCUCCCCAUCUACCCGUAGAGAAUGUGGCAGAUAGGAUUCUGCUACCCCCAUUGGCAGUGCAAAAGACGCUGGUAGACAUCUUCUUUGCCCGUGUCCAGCCUGUGCUGCCCCUUAUCGACGAAGGGGACUUUCGGUCGCAGCUCGCCGAUGGACGGGCCUCUUGCGGGCUGCUGCAGGCCGUCUGUCUGGUUGCUUGCAAGGACACAAGAGCCCGCGGGAUCCUUCGAUUCAGCGCCGGCGAUGAGGUGGUGACCGCCGAGGCCUUCUCCCAGCUUCUCUACGACGACCUGGCCCGCUCCGUGAUGCUCAAACGCGAGACACACCGUCUCACGCUGAUCCAGAUCCUGGCGCUGAUGUCGCUGCACGCCUCUGGGCCGGACGGAUGCGAGGAUUCCUCCCUGCACCUCAUGCAGGCCAUCCACCACGCGCAGACGCUGGGCCUGCAUCUGGCAAAAAGCCGCCAGACCCGCUCCGACCGCACGCCUGUCGCGCUCUUCUGGUGUCUGUGGAGUCUGGAUCGGUGGAAUGCAGCCAUCAACGGGCGGCCGAUUGUGAUCAACAACAACGAUCUGGGCGAGGGCAUCGACGACGCGGUCAUGCUCUUCGAUCCGCCCUUCCGGCUGUGGCUGCGUCUGGCCACCAUCCUCGGUGAGGUCAUCACGGGCUACUGGCCCAUCCAGAGGGAGUCGGAGCAGAGAGUCGAGCCGGAGAUGGCGUCUUUCGAGGGUAUCCUCACGGCGUGGUGUGGAUGGGAGAUUGAAGAUGACAUUCUAGUCACUCUCGAACUGGCAUACCAUGCGAUUGCAAUUCUUGCAUCUCGCUCAGGACCGAACAGGAUACAAUCCCAUGUUGCCUCCCUACAACAAGACCACUCGCUCUCCUGUUUCGUCUCCCUGCGACAGAUGGCCACUCUGAACCAGUUUCUGCCCCUGCCCGUUGUACCGUACGCGAUGUCUCUAGGCUUUGCGAUAUCGUACCAGCAAUUGAAGGGCGGACAGUUACUUUCGACCGUCCACCGGGCGAGAGUCUAUCUAGAUAUCUUCCAUGAAGCCCUGGGAGAUCUAAGCACAAGCUGGUGGUCCGCUCUCAACAUGGCACGCCUGGGGAAAAGGGCACUACAGGGGAUCCAACUACAGCGAGAGAACCAAGCCGAAGUCCCUGCUCCCGUGCAAGAAACAGUGGCUAGGGAAGAAGAGUCGGGUAUGGCUCUCGGAUUGGAUGAGAGUAUCCUUCCUGCUGAUGCUAUGUUUGAUGAUAUCGACACUUUUCUGGGUAAUUUCCUCGACGUCGGUCUGCCGAACUGGUGCAACUUGGACGUAGUUAUGAAUUCUGGACAGUAG